UUAUUUCCCACGAACGCUAAGGGAAAUCCUGAGGUUUCAGCCCUCAUCCUUUGUCCUUUAGCACGUUCCUUCUCAGGAGCGCAAAAGAGAGCUGGUUUAGGACGCUUGUGCGUCUUGGGGUGGGAGACUACAUUUCCCAGGAGGCACGCGAACAAGCGCCCAAACUAUUUCCCAGAGUUCCCCACGUUUCGGCCCUGCAAAGCGGUCUUCCCUCGGGGGUUGAAGACUUCGGGCCAAGAUGGCGACAGGAACGGGCAAACACAAGCUGUUGAGUAGUGGCCCCACAGAACCAUGGUCCAUCCGAGAGAAGCUGUGUUUAGCGUCUUCUGUCAUGAGGAGUGGGGAUCAAAAUUGGAUCCAAGGCCAUUUUAAUUGUCUUAAGCCUUAUAGUUUACUAUACACAUUUGUGUUUACAUGGGUAUCAGUUAGCAGAGCAAUCAAGCCCUUUGCAGAACCUGGCCGCCCUCCAGACUGGUUCUCUCAAAAACAUUGUGCUUCUCAGUACUCUGAACUUCUAGAAACUACUGAGACCCCAAAACGGAAACGGGGUGAAAAAGGAGAAGUGGUGGAAACUGUUGAAGAUGUCAUUGUUCGGAAACUGACUGCUGAACGAGUUGAGGAACUAAAGAAAAUGAUAAAGGAAACCCAGGAAAAAUAUAGACGACUGAAAAGAGAUGCAGAACUAAUUCAAGCCGGGCACAUGGACAGCAGAUUGGAUGAGCUUUGCAAUGACAUUGCAAUGAAAAAGAAAUUGGAGGAAGAGGAGGCUGAAGUAAAGAGGAAGGCUACGGAUGCUGCAUAUCAAGCUCGUCAAGCAGUAAAAACACCCCCUCGGAGGUUACCCACUGUGAUGGUUCGAUCUCCUAUAGAUUCUGCCUCCCCAGGAAGUGAUUAUCCACUUGGGGACUUGACUGCAACCACUAUGGAAGAGGCCACCUCUGGCGUAACCCCUGGGACUUUGCCGAGUACCCCAGUCACCUCGUUUCCUGGGAUUCCUGACACCCUUCCUCCAGGCUCUGCACCCUUAGAAGCCCCCAUGACCCCAGUAACAGAUGAUUCACCCCAGAAAAAGAUGCUUGGACAGAAAGCAACUCCACCCCCCUCCCCUCUGCUGUCAGAGCUCUUGAAGAAGGGCAGCCUCCUGCCUACUAGCCCCAGACUGGUCAAUGAGAGUGAAAUGGCUGUGGCUUCUGGCCACCUGAACAGUACAGGUGUCCUCCUGGAGGUAGGCGGGGUCCUUCCCAUGAUACAUGGUGGGGAUUUGCAGCAAACACCCAACACUGUUGCAGCCUCCCCUGCUGCCUCAGGUGCUCCCACUCUUUCCCGGCUUUUAGAAGCUGGUCCUACACAGUUCACCACACCUCUUGCUUCCUUCACUACUGUUGCCAGUGAGCCUCCAGUUAAACUUGUGCCACCCCCUGUAGAGUCUGUGUCCCAGGCUACCAUUGUCAUGAUGCCUGCGCUACCAGCACCAUCCUCUGCUCCGGCUGUCUCCACUCCUGAGAGUGUAGCUCCAGUGAGUCAGCCUGACACUUGUGUUCCCAUGGAGGCUGUGGGGGAUCCACAUACUGUGACUGUUUCCAUGGAUAGCAGUGAAAUCUCCAUGAUUAUCAAUUCUAUCAAAGAAGAGUGUUUCCGAUCAGGGGUAGCAGAGGCUUCUGGAGGAUCAAAGGCUCCCAGCAUAGAUGGGAAGGAAGAUUUAGAUCUGGCUGAGAAGAUGGAUAUUGCUGUGUCUUACACGGGUGAAGAGCUUGACUUUGAGACCGUUGGAGACAUCAUUGCUAUCAUUGAGGACAAGGUAGAUGAUCAUCCUGAAGUGCUGGAUGUGGCAGCAGUGGAAGCAGCAUUGUCGUUCUGUGAAGAUAAUGAUGAUCCUCGGUCUCUGCCUGGCCCCUGGGAGCACCCUAUGCAGCAGGAAAGGGACAAGCCAGUUCCUCUUUCUGCACCAGAAUUGACAGUCAAGCAAGAGAGGCUGGACUUUGAGGAAUCGGAAAACAAAGGAAUCCAUGAACUGGUAGACAUCAGAGAACCUGGUGUUGAGAUCAAAAUGGAACCUACAGAACCAGAGCAAGGCAUUUCAGGGGCUGAAAUAGUCACUGGGGUUGCUCCAGCCACAUGUAUGGAGCCACCAGAACUCAGGAAUCAGGACUUAGAUGAGGAACCCAGAAGUACUGCAGCUGGAGAGAUUGUUGAAGUAGAUGUUGCCAGUGGGAAAGGCGAUGAGACUCCACUUACAACUGUGAAGACAGAGGCAUCCCCUGAAAGCAUGCUAUCUCCAUCACAUGGCUCAAAUCCCAUGGAAGAUCCUUUAGAGGCAGAAACUCAGCACAAAUUUGAAAUGUCAGACUCAUUGAAAGAAGAAUCAGGGACUAUUUUUGGAAGCCAGAUAAAGGAUGCCCCAGGUGAGGAUGAGGAGGAAGAUGGAGUCAGUGAAGCAGCCAGUCUAGAGGAGCCUAAGGAAGAAGAUCAAGGAGAAGGCUAUUUGUCAGAAAUGGAUAACGAACCCCCUGUGAGCGAGAGUGAUGAUGGCUUUAGUAUACACAAUGCUACUCUGCAGUCCCACACACUGGCAGACUCCAUCCCCAGCAGCCCUGCUUCUUCUCAGUUCUCUGUCUGUAGUGAGGAUCAGGAAGCUAUUCAAGCACAAAAAAUCUGGAAGAAAGCCAUCAUGCUUGUAUGGAGAGCCGCAGCUAAUCAUAGAUAUGCCAAUGUAUUUCUGCAGCCUGUUACAGAUGACAUAGCACCUGGCUACCACAGCAUUGUGCAGAGGCCAAUGGAUUUGUCAACUAUUAAGAAAAACAUUGAAAAUGGACUGAUCCGCAGCACAGCUGAAUUUCAGCGUGACAUUAUGUUGAUGUUCCAGAAUGCUGUAAUGUAUAAUAGCUCGGAUCAUGAUGUCUAUCACAUGGCAGUAGAGAUGCAGCGAGAUGUUUUGGAGCAGAUCCAGGGCCAACUGUGUUUCUUCUCCCUACAGCAAUUCCUGGCCACACAGUUGAUUAUGCAGACAUCUGAGUCUGGGAUCAGUGCUAAAAGUCUUCGAGGAAGAGAUUCUACCCGCAAACAGGAUGCUUCAGAGAAGGACAGUGUCCCCAUGGGCUCUCCUGCCUUCCUUCUCUCUCUCUUUGAUGGUGGCACCAGGGGUCGCCGCUGUGCCAUUGAAGCAGAUAUGAAGAUGAAAAAGUGAAGUCUCAGAGUACCCUCAUUGAGCUGAACCCGAAAAAAGAAAUAAACAAGUUAAAGUGUGGGCUUGUGGGCCCAGUUCCAGAAUUGGGAGUUAACAGAAGAGGAGGCUCCUGGGCCAUGUGACAUGAUCUGGGAAAAUCUCAGAGAGUUGGAGUAGCAUAAUUGCCUGUUUUAGGGCAAAAAUCAUGGGCUGUGUUAAUGUCCUAAUGUGUAACUAACAGAUUGUAGCUAAUUUGUACCGUCUUGUGAAGUGUACAGACUUUAAAAAAAAAAUCUGUGAAGUGUUUGUGUUCACAAUAAACUCUGAAAGAAAACUC